CGAAAAGCUUUGACCGAUCUAUUCGCACAUCUUCAACAUUUUAACCAAGAAUUUUCAAAGUGUAAUUUUCUUAAAAAUGACAAUUCUCUCUUUUUGCGAAAUAUGAAAACAACUGCCAUUAAUCUUGGCUUACAUUAUGUUCAUCAAAAAAAUGUUGUGAUUGGUGAUGAGAUUUUUAAAAAAGCUGUUAAAGGCCAUAAGGAUUGGUAUGAAGUGAACAAGCAAUGGAUCAUUUGUUUUGUAAUUUUGGCAAAGAGUUCGGUUGAUAAGUGUUCAUCACAUGCUUGUGUGUCUCCCGUAGAAGAGACUAAAAAAGGCGACGAUUGGAAAAAAAAUGGGGUUUCGGAUAGCGUGGGAAAAGGUCAAUUUUUUACUCCUACGAAGGCAAAAAAGGUUUCUGAUGAUCAGAUUAUUAAACCACCAAAGAAGUUAGAUACUGAUAAAAAAUUUGUACCGAUUCAAAAAAAGAAAUUCACAAAAAAACGACCCAAAACUUUGUAA